AUGGCCAAGGCGGCCGCGAGCCAGCAAGCAGAGAAACGUGGUGACGCAGCCAGCUUCCAUAAUGAAGAGCGCGGCAGGAGCAGGAUAGACGAGGAAGAACAGAAUCUUGAAGACGAUCGGCAUCGCGGCAGCGAGGAGGCUCGGAUGGCUGAUGAGAAUGCCCCAGAGGAAGACGCUCGCGAGGUUCCCCUCAAAGAAGACAGGUGGUUGAAGCCGUUCGGGAGGCUUCACGACGACGGAAGCCGUGAUCCAAACGAGUGCCAAUACAUGGAGUAUCGGUGGCAUAGGCCUAAGACUGAGGAUUUCGAAGACGACAAAUGA